UGAUAUUUUAACUUUGAAGCUUGUUAUAUAUAUUAGUUCAUCAUACUUUUUCUUGAAGAUUGUAUUGCUGUUCUCGCAUCUCAUCUAAACCAUAAUUCGGACUGGGACUUAUUUUAGUAUUGUCGGUAUCCUACAAUGCCUAAACAUUUCACAAGCCAGUCAAUCAGAUCAUGACAAAAAUGGGUUUGGAAUGGGUAGAAAUUGUUGAGCCCCGAACUCGGGAGCGAAUGUAUGCAAACCUUGUAACUGGAGAAUGUGUUUGGGAAGUACCUGAUGGUGUCUCAGUAAAAUAUGCAAGUGAAAAUCAAUGGUGGGAACUGUUUGAUAGUGUUUCAUCGAGAUACUAUUAUUAUAAUGCAACUACACAACAAACAGUAUGGCACAGGCCAAAAGGAGCUGACACAAUACCUCUAUCGAAAUUACAAACACUGAAAGAAAAAGGAAGUGAUGUCACGCCACAGACUAAAACUCAAAAACACCAUAGAAGAAAAUCAGCUGGAUCUACUGACUCAGAUUCUCCAAAUCAUUCAAAUGAUCGAAGGAAUAGGAGAAGACACAGAACAUCUGGCCACAGAGUAUCACAAGAAGGUGGAUCAAGAAUCUCAAAUGGAAAAUUGGGGAAUAAUCUGACUACGAUGAAAUAUCAGUCCAAAUCAUCUGACUCUUUAAUAACCAACAAAGAAAACAGGCCAGACUCAAGAGGUCAAGGGUCAUUAGAUUCAAAUGAGACAAAGCCUAAGCAUCCAAGAAUUGGCUCUGGAUCAGGGCAAUCACAAGAGAUGGCAAGCCUUCCUCCACCAUCCCCUGAAAACCUGAAUGCAUCAGCAACAAGCGGACCCAAAACAGACUCAACCGCACAAAAUAGACUGAGUGGUCACAUCAGGUCCAAAUCACAUGACGGAUUAUCUGAAAUAACUGGAAAUGCUGCUAAAAAUACAAGCAUAGAAAAAGGAUUUUCAUCAGUGAAAACAAAAAUUGACCGCAAUUCAGGUGUAACAAAAAGUCUCAGUUUUCCACAUUCUCAGCCUCCACAAGGUUUCAAGAAGAUGUCGAAGCGCCCAUCAAAUGCUGUUGCACCAGAAGCAUUGGCAUCAUUUGCCAAGUCUAAUCUUAAUGUACACACGAAAGGAUUAUUACGGAAGAAAAUUACCAUUCAUACCAUGUUAUCUUGGACAAGGGAACCCAUCAGAAAACCUAUGAUAAUGACUAAAGAUAAACAUACCAAGAAAGAAGCUAUUGAAGUUUUCAAGUUAAUUAUGGCAUACAUGGGAGAUAGGAAACUGAGGAAGAAUGACAAUACUGCCAUUGCACUUGAUAUCGUUACAAAAGGAUGGCAAAAUACAUUUUUACGAGAUGAGAUCUACAUUCAGUUAUGCAGGCAGACUACUGGUACGCCACGUGAAGACUCAUUGGAACGAGGAUUAGAAUUGUUGGCAAUGUGUCUUGCAUUUUUUCCACCAUCUAUCAAAUUUCAUUCAUAUUUGGAAGGAUAUAUUUUUACCCAUCUUGAUAUGCCGGAUGUUAAAGGUGUAAAAGUGAGCGAAUAUGGGAAUGUCUGUGUGAAAAGAUUGACAAAAAUCCUUCAAACUGGGGCUAAGAAGGGUAACAAGAAACCAACAAAAGAUGAAAUACUUCAGGCACAGAGAUCAAUAUUUAAUCCAUCUAUGUUUGGAAAUACAUUGCAAGAAAUAAUGGCUCUCCAGGAAGUAAAAUAUCCCGACAGGAGAUUACCAUGGAUAAUGACAACUUUAUCUGACUACGUUUUGAAGCUCGGUGGAAAUAAAACAGAGGGUAUAUUCAGAGUUCCCGGUGACAUUGAUGAAGUCAACACAUUGAAAGUGCAAAUAGAUCGUUGGGAUGUGCCAGAUCAUUUGAGAGAUCCACAUGUACCAGGGUCUCUGCUCAAACUCUGGUAUCGUGAAUUAGAGGAACCUUUGAUUCCUGACCAAUAUUAUGAUCUUUGUAUAACACAUUUUAAUUCACCUGCUGAAGCAGAAGCUGUUGUUCAUUCAUUGCCUGAAAUCAACAGAUUAUGUCUAUCAUAUUUAAUCAAGUUUUUACAGAUAUUUUCACUGCCAGAACAUUCUUCAGUCACAAAAAUGGAUUCUAAUAAUUUAGCAAUGGUGAUGGCUCCUAACUGCCUACGAUGCGAUUCUGACGACCCAAGAAUUAUUUUUGAAAAUACCCGCAAGGAAAUGUCGUUUAUUCGAACCUUAAUACUAAAUAUGGAUACUUCAUUCAUGGACGAAAUAUUGUGAGCAAUUUGGAUGGAGAAUUUUGACAAUUUUUGACGAGAUGUUUUCAUUUGAUCUAUUUCUUAGUUAGCGAAGAAAGUGUUUUUGUGCUACUAUUGCACAAAGCAUGAUUAAUGCCAAGCUGCAGGGUAUAAGGUUUAAUAUUAAUUAUUUCUUAAACUUUGUUUUAUUCCUUGUAUUUUAUUAAAAAAUAUCCUGACCAAUUUGUUAAGAUAUGUCGCUCAUUUUCAUCAAUUAGUAUAUUCAUAAUUAGGAUUAUAGUUGAGAGUAAUUCUCGUAUUAACUAAUCAAUUUUCGCUCUACUAUAGGACAAAACUGGCAGGUAAAUUGUAAAAAACUGAUGAUAAUUUGAAAGUUCAGAAGCUAUUUGUUAUAAGAUUGCUUAUCUGCUUUUGAUGGACUGCUUAAUUACAGGGAUAACUAUUAACUACAACCCAUGUUCAGCGAAGAAAAAUUGGAAUGCGAGUUUCCAUUCACCCAUAGGCCAUUUCUCUUUUUAUUUUUUAUUUUUUUCUGUCAAGUGAAUUGUAUUCACAUAUUAGAAAAUAAUGAUAUCCUGCAUUGAUGUUGUACAAAUUAUUGCCGUAAUGAAAAAGUAUUUAAUUACUUUUGGUUUGUAUUUUACUUUUUUGUUUUCUUACUUUUGUGAAUUUUAAAUUGAGAUUUUUGAUCAUACAUAUUCCAGUUUUCUGUCGCUUUUAAGUGUUCUUACAUUAUAUUGAAGGGUAUUUUUUUCAUUUUUUCCUUAAUGAAGUUAUCACAUUUGAUGAAAUUUGUUUGAUGUGUUUAAUAGUCAGAGCUGCCAAAUUGCUCUGAACUGGGCACUGCACAUUGAAGAGUUUUGACAACUUUGCUUUUGUAUCAUUUUAAAAUAAGUUGAAUAACACUUCAUCUCAGUACAUAAUACUUGAACAUGCCAGAUAUAAAAAUCAAUGUUGUCUACUAAACCAAAAUACCACAUUUUUUCGAUAUUCUUCAUUUUUAAUAUAUUUUUUAACUGAAUCAUAAAUGUGACAUAAAGAUUAGAAUUCAUAUUUUCGGCAUAACAUUUAUUUUAGAUUUUUACACAACUUUCAAAACUAGAUAUCAUUGCUUUAAUGUUGAAAGUAACAGAUGCCAGUUUUAUGCUAACUGUGAUGGUAAUAUUUAAUUGAAAAGUUAGUAUUUAUAUUACAUUGUUAUUCAAUACACUAUUUGAGUUUUUCACAAUAAUUGCAAUACUUAUCAUUUGAAUCUUACAUUCCGUUAUAGUCUCUGGUAAAUGGAAUAUAAAUAUAAAAUGUAUAACUACCGGUACCUAUGUGUUUUCGAAAAUUGACUAUAAAUUUGAACAAUUCCCUAUCAAGGGUAUAUUUGAAAUCAUUCCGUGAUAUUCAUUAAAUGUCUGUGUGGUAAGGUGCAAUAUUAAAACUGAAGAAAAAAAAUCAUCAAAGGUCAUUAACAAUUGUUACAUGGUGUAUGACAUCAUAAUGCAAAUAUGAAGCAGUCCUAUCAAUAUUUAUAUUGUAAAUAAUCUGUUCAUUUCAGUGUCUGAAAAAGAGUAUUUAUUUUUUAUUUGCAAUGCUAAUCAAUGUAUGUUGUACACAUAUUCGUAUAAAUUUUACUACAAACAACAAUCUUUUUUAUGAUUGUUUUGCUCUAUAAAAGGCCAUAAACAAGUACUGGCAGCGAAUGAGCUACCAUGUUUUCUAGAUUUGACGGGAAUAUUUCUAUCCCCUACUCGGAAUUGCUCACCAAAUUUUAUUACACUCUGUGUGUUAUGGUUGGCUCUCAUGCGGCACUUAAAUACAGUGGCCCAUUUUUUAUGUCACAAUUUUUUUUUUAUAAUUUGGGGUAGCGGAAUGAUUCCCAGACAAUCUGGCAUUCCAAUUCACAAUAGCUGAAAAAGUUUUAAGUACAUUAGUUAUUCUUGCAUAUGUCAUGUCAUCGGGUUUGGUGUAUACCAGUUAAAAUGUCCAGCUUCUUGAAUGUCUAAAUUAGCAUUUACAUAGCUAGUAUAUUUGUAGGGGAUCCUUUAUAAUAUUUUUUAAAUUUGCUGUUUGAGCGCCUCUUAUCAGUAUUUUUAAACUGAAUGUAUUAUAACUAAGGUUGUUGUUAUAAGAUAAUGUUUUAUAAUCAAGAGUUUUUUUUUUGUUAUUACGUUUUACUUUGAUCAAGCUAGUUUACUAUUAUAAUGUAUAGUUUGCCGAAGAGAAAUUGUUUUCUGCCUAAAA